AAACAAAACAGUUGUGAACCACUGAGUCCUGCCGCUGUCUGUUAUAAAGGCACAGCUCUUCUGUCUCCACGAGAUUGUUGAAUUCCUCUCUGCCCUAGCACCAGCCAUGGCGAAGCCGCAGCUUCUUCUCUGUUUCCUACUCGCCGCCUCCGCGCCGCUAAUCGUCGCCACGGCCAAGAAAUCCGGGGACGUGUCGGAGCUCCAGAUCGGCGUCAAGUACAAGCCGGAAUCAUGCAGCAUUCAAGCUCACAAAGGUGACAAGGUUAAAGUUCACUACCGUGGAAAACUUACUGAUGGAACGGUUUUUGAUUCAAGCUAUGAAAGAGGUGACCCGAUUGAAUUUGAAUUGGGCACUGGACAAGUGAUCAAAGGAUGGGAUCAGGGUCUCCUGGGAAUGUGCGUUGGUGAAAAGCGGAAGUUGAAGAUCCCAUCAAAGCUUGGCUAUGGGCCUCAAGGCUCGCCACCUACUAUUCCUGGUGGAGCAACCCUCAUAUUUGACACGGAGCUUGUCGCUGUCAAUGGAGAACCAACCAACCAAUCUGACGAGCUUUAGAUUCAUCAAACAAAUGAAUCCAUUCACCUUUUUACUCGGAACUCAGCAGAUGUAAUACUUUCCAAGAAAUGAGCCUUCAUUCCCUGCCACUUUCAUAGUUUCUUUCGCUGUUCCACACUGACAUCUAUGAUUUUUGGAGCAAACUCUGAUCUGUUUUGACUAGUUUACACGUUUGUGUGUGGAAUCUGAAGAGCUGUUCUGAAA